GCCCAAGGUCCGCCUGAACCGCCUAUCUGCCCCCUCCCCAGCCCCCCUCAAUGCGCAGGGCAAAGGCUCCUCCCUGUGGAUCCAGCCAGGCCAGCCCCCUCCUCACACCAGCACUUGCAGCCCCCACAAAGUGGCUUCGUGGCUGCUUCGCUCUGGCAGCAUUUCCUGCAGUUGAUCCCACAACUCCUCUCUUCUUUUGCCCAGUUUCCGAAGCCAGCCUUGCCCGCCUCUACCAGCGCUUCCAGGCCCUGGACAGGGACGACAAGGGCUACCUGAACCGAUACGAUCUGGAAGGGAUCGGCAAGUUGGCAGUGAACCCUAUCGGAGACCGGAUCAUCAAUGCCUUCUUCCCGGAUGGGGCUGAGGAAGCUGACUUCCGCUCCUUUGCUCGUGUGCUCGCUCACUUCCGGCCAGUGGAGGCACCUGGCAGCCCCGAGGACAUCAACAGCCACCUUAGCAAGCUGAAAUUUGCUUUUCAGUUAUACGACCAAGAUAAGGAUGGGAAGAUCUCACGGGCUGAAAUGCUGCAGGUCUUGAGAAUGAUGGUGGGCCUCCAGGUGACCAACGACCAGCUCGAGAAUAUCACGGACCGAACCAUCCAGGAGGCCGACAGAGAUGGAGACAACGCCAUCUCCUUUGAGGAGUUUGCCAAGUCGGUGGAAAAGCUGAAUAUCGAACGGAAGAUGAGUCUACGAAUCCUGAAAUGAGGAAGGUCCAGAGGGGUCCCCCUAAAGGAUUUUAUGGCGAAGGGCAAAGGAAAACAACCUCCGGAAUCUGAUCAGAUCUCUCAUGGGUUCCUGAGAGUGCACAGAAAGCUUGUUUCAGAGAUGCGACCCACGAGUUCGGACGGCUGACGCUUGCAGAUUAGACCUCCAGUUAGGAAUUAGAACUGCGAUCCGAAAACAAGCCAUUUAUGUAAUGGGUGAGGUGCUUACAGGUAGUCCUUGACUUACGACCAUUCGUUUAGUGUCCGUUCGAAGGGACGAUGGCACUGAAAAAAGUUUUCCCCACUUACAGCAACCCCAGGGUCACGUGAUCAAAAUUCGAACACUUGACGACCGAUUCAUGAAGCCUCCCCUUUGGCGACCUUCUGAUCAGCGAAGUCAAUGGGGAAGCCAGAUUCGCUUAACGACCGUGUGACUGCCUUAACGACCGCAGGGAUUUAACACCCACAGCGAUUCGGUUAACGACUGUGACCAGGAAAGUUGUAAAAUUUUGCAAAAUCAAUUUCGCAACUGUCCUGCUUAGCAAGGGAAAUUUGGCGCUCGGUCGUGAUCGUAAGUCGAGGACCAGCUGUGCUUUGUGUGUUUGCGUGUAGGGCAGGCGCUUGGAUCUGCUUCGGAUAAUGGGAUAGCUGUGUUGAAUUGUUCCUCGCUGAUGACUUGUGCACAAAUAUAGACUAGAGCUUGAAGGGACCUUGGAGGUCUUCUAGUCCAACCCCCUACCAUUUCAGACAAAGGGUUGCCCAGUCUCUUCUUAAAAACCUUCAAAGAUGGAGCGCCCACAACUUCAAAUGGCAAGCAGUUCCACUGGUUAAUUGUCCUCCCUGUUAGGAAGUUUCUCCUUAAUUCUAGGUUGCUUCCCUCCUUGAUUCGUUUCCAUCCAUUGUUUCUUGCCCUGCUUUCUGGUGCUUUGGAAAAUUAUAUGGCCCCCUCUUCUUUGUGGCAGCCCCUCAAAUACUGGAAUAUUGCUACCCUGUCCCCCCGCAAUCCUUCUUUUCUUUAGAGUAGCCAAACCCAAAUCCUGCAGCCGCCCUUCCUAUGUUUUAAUCUCCAGGCCUUUGAUCGUUUUAGUUGCUCUUCUUUGCACUUUUUCCAAGGUCUCCUGCUUGGGCAGCGGGGUUUGACUAGAUGACCUACAAGGUCCCUUCCAACUCUUGUCAAUUUGUUAACAUCUUUUUUGUAGUGUGGUGCCCAAAAUUGGUUGUGGUAUUCCAGGUGUGGCCUUACUAAGGCUUUUCAAAGCGGCACUAAUACUUCACGUGAUCUACAACGCAGGACUGUAUUAGCUUUUUGGGCUGCUGCUGGACACGGCGGGCUCACAAAUCUCAGGCCUUGGAAAUUGUUCAGGAUGUUUAGCAAUGGAUAUAAAAAGGAUAUAAAAGGUGCAUGAAAGCAAUUCCACAAUUUUACAACGAUUUGUUGUAAAUUUGUUGUAAACGGAUGAAAGCUACAACAGAGCGGAAAAAGUGAGUUACAGCCACUCCUUGCCCUUAUGACCGUUGCAGGAUCCUGGGAUCAUGUGAUCGCGAUUUGUGACCUAUCCAGCCGGCUUCUGACAAGCAAAGUCAAUGGGGAAAAUGGACACUAAGUAAGACCGGCAAAAUUCCGUGCUAGACUUAAACAAUUAUAUAGAUUAAAUGCUUCAUUAGCCUGGAUACA